AUGAAGCUUCGGUACGCCCUCGGGGGCGUCUGUGCCUCAAGUCUAUUACUGUCAGGUGUAUGCGCUAUUGAGCUGGACGUUAAUUCACCAGACUCGAUUAAAAACGCUGCAAAGGCACUUUCGACGAAUCUGCGGAAGCAAUACACUGGUGACAGGCCAGGCAGGGUCCCCGGCAAUCUUCCAGAUCCGUAUUAUUGGUGGGAAUGCGGUGCCAUGUUCAACGCUUUUAUUGAUUACUGGUAUUAUACUGGAGACGACCAGUAUAAUGCCAUUACGAAGCAGGCGCUGCAACAUCAGAUUGGGGACUACAAUGCCUUUAUGCCACCGAAUCAAACUAAAACCCUUGGAAACGACGACCAAGGUUUCUGGGGCAUGGCUGCCAUGUCGGCUGCUGAGAACAAAUUACCCGACCUCAAAGACGGACCUUCAUGGAUCUCUCUCACUCAGGCCGUAUUCCAGACCCAGCACGAACGAUGGGAUGCGGAGAGAUGCGGUGGCGGACUUAAGUGGCAGGUCUUUCCCACGAACUCUGGAUACGACUACAAGAACACUAUUUCUAAUGGAUGCUUCUUUAAUAUCGCUGCACGUUUAUAUAAGUAUCUUGGAAACGAUACGUACUCUGAAUGGGCCGAAAGGACGUGGGAAUGGGAGCAGUCUAUAGGACUCAUGAGCUCAGAUUUCCAUUUCUUCGAUGGCACCGGCGACUCUGAAAACUGUACCACCAUCAACCGCAUUCAAUGGACCUACAACGCUGGUGUGCACAUGUCCGGUGCUGCUGCCAUGUGGAACGUUACUCAAAGCCAGCUGUGGAAAGAUAGACUUCAAGGCAUCGUCAACGGAGUCGACGUCUUCUUCAAGGAUGGCGUUAUGAGCGAAGUCGCUUGUGAGAAUAAUGGCAAGUGCGACAUCGACCAGCGCUCUUACAAAGCAUAUCUUGCCCGCUGGCUAGGAUACACGGCCAUUAUCGCUCCAUGGACACGCGACCAGAUCGACCCCUUGCUCAAGGCCUCAGCAAAGGCUGCUGCAGCCCAGUGUAAUGCUGGUGAAGACCAGGUAUCGUGCGGUCUCCGAUGGACCGACAAUGGCAUAAAUGACGGCAGCUUUGGUGUCGGUGAACAAAUGGCCGCCUUGGAAAUAGUGCAGGCAUUGCUCUAUCCUACUGUCGAUGGUCCGGCUACUACUGAAAGAGGCGGCAUUUCGAAGAGUGACCCCGACGCUGGAAUCGAGGCGCCCAACAAUAAUGGUUCUACUACUUCCAAUUCCAUCGCUACUAGAGAUAAUGUUGGUACUAAUAUCCUGACUGUCAUCGCAGUAGUUGGUUCGCUUGUCGGUACUUGGUGGUAG